AUGGCAUCUGUCCUAAUUGUUUGGGCUGCUGCUGUUCAGGUAAGUGACACUGGCUUGGUCAGAGAUUUCCAUCAUCUAUUCUCACUGGAAUGGAAGAGACCCUCUAUUCUGAAUUUGUUCCUCUGGGAGCACUCUAGUGGUGAGGGCUUGUAUGGUAAUCCUCUUGGUUCAGAGGCUUUACAAGCAUUCUCCCUAGUCCUGUCUUGUUGUGAACCUGAAGAGGUGACACCUCAGGCUGUGUUUGUGUUUGAUCUUAUCAGCUUUGCUAAGAGACAUGGAGUGCAUAUGCUUGUUGGUCCAUUGUUUUGGCAUGCUGAAGAAUUAUACUCCUCCAAGUUAAGGUCUGUUAAACUUUCCACACUGGCUUCCCUUGUAGGAUGUGUCAACAUGUCUUACAAAGUAUGUCCUAUCGAUCCCAAGGAAGAAGAGGAUGUGGAUUAG